CACCAAUAUUAUGGAAUUCUCAUUAACAUAUGCGUCUUAUAUUAUUCAUCUUUGUAUGGAUGAAAUUAGAAAAAGAGGUCUUGAUGAACGAAAAAUAUUUUUCAAAUCAAUGGUACAUAAUGAUUUAUUCGUCAAGGUGUUUACUAAUAGAAAGUAUCUGAGUGAUGAUCUUACUUACAUGCAUAUUCAUACAGUGGCCACUUUAAUGCAGCGAGUAUUAUAUACUUGUGAUGAAAGAAUUUUACCAAAGAAAGUAUUGAAUACAAUGAAUUAUGAUGCCUGCACUAUCUCUAAACUAUCUGCCAUUAUAACACCUGAAAGCCAGAUACUAUUAAUUGAUAUAUUGGAAUUUCUUUUGGACUUGUUAAACCAUAAAGAAAAAAAUGCUAUGAACCCUUUUAAACUGGGAGAUGCCCUUGGUAAUGCAGUAUUAGGUUCUUAUAGAUGUAAUCCUAUUACAGCUGGGAAGGCAAGCCAUUUUUUAGCCUGUCUAAUUAUUGAAUAUUCAAAAAUAAAGUUAGCACAAUGUCAUCAUUAUCGUAUCGGUUGGAAUAAAAUGAAUCAAGCCUCUUAUAAGCAACAUAAAGCACUUUCCAAAAUGGAAGCAGCACAAGCUAGAGCCAAGUCAUACAAUCGAUCUGUAGCAAGGGUACAGAAUGUCAAAAUUGACUGGCUUGAGAAUAUGGAAGACACUAAUCUCUUUGACAAAGAUGAUUAUGACGAGUUUCUUAGUUUUCCUGAACCACCCGAAAGUCCUUGGGUAUCGAUCUUUUCAUCUGCUGACUCCCUUUUAAACACUCCUUCCACUAGCUCACAACCCUAUCAUAGCUCAUCUCCUUUACUCUAUCAUAUAUUAAAGGAAGCUGUAGAGUCCUCUAACCAUAAUAGUAUGUCAACAACAUCUACAGAUCCUUUUGCUUCCUCUUCUUUCUUUAGCAAACCCGGUACCUUUUUCACUGAGCAACAACUUGAAAACUCAUUUAAUGAUUUCUGUAUUACUAAACAACAAAAUAAAUGGACAUCCUUACCUGCUCUUGAUAAUAAUCCACAUAAGUUAAAUCACCCCUUUUCACAAAAUAAACUUAAGCAAUCUAUUUCACAACUUCGACUUACACAGUCAAUAUCUCAAUUACAAUUGAGACAUUCACUCUCAAGUUCUAAGCUGAGCGAUUCGAUUUUGAAUAUUAGGUCAAACUUGAAAGGAUAUUUUUCAAAAAACAAUUGGGAACAAGACGCUGAAAUGAUUACAAGUACUGAUAGUAAUACUACCCCUAAAGAUGAUAAAACAAUGCCAACUGAUACUGCAAGUGAUAUAAAAAAUGAAAAAUUCGAUAUGAAUAUAGAAUCACCAGAACCAGAAUUAAUAAAAACAAUCAAGAAAGUUAAUUUGGAUACUCUGCCGUUAGUGAAUGAUACGAAGCGUUGUGAAAAUAUAGAAUCAGUAUUGGUUGAUAAGAACAAUAUUUUGGAUACCAUUCGUAAUAACAAAAAAAUAUAUAAACAUUCAUUUCCGGAUAAUAAGAGCCUGAAUACUGAAAAUCAGAAGCAAAACAAACUCAUUAAUAAAAACAAUGUCAAAGAUAUUGUCAAGAGAAUAAUUAAGCGAACAGCAUCUCGUACUUCUCAAAGUCGUAUCAUGGGACGUAGAAGUAGUAACAAAAUACUUUGUUUAAAUGAAUAA